CGUCGCGUCGUUGCGUCAUCGCGCGUGCGCAGAACCUUUGCGGAGCGCUGUGCCGGAAGCCAACAUGGCGUCCGAGCGCUCUCCAGGCUGCUGUGGUUAUCGCGGUCGCAUCUGAAAAAGAUAGUCUGAGGGGGUCGAAGCAGCGGGGCGCAGCGGAGGGGCGGGCGCUGUGGUCGGUAUGGCGCGGCACAGGAACGUCCGAGGCUACAACUACGAUGAAGAUUUUGAAGAUGAUGAUCUCUAUGGCCAGUCUGUAGAGGAUGAUUAUUGUAUUUCACCAUCAACAGCUGCUCAGUUUAUUUACUCAAGACAUGAUAAACCAUCAUCAUUUGUUGAGCCAGUAGAAGAAUAUGACUAUGAAGAUACAAAAGAACCUGCUAACUCUAUUUCUAAUCAUCAGCUUAGUGGAAUUGAUCAAGCUCGUCUUUACUCAUGCCUUGAUCACAUGAGAGAGGUGCUUGGAGAUGAUGUCCCAGAUCAAACAAUGAUUGAAGCAGUGUUGCAAAGUAAAUUUGAUGUGGAGAAGGCUUUAGCUAUGGUGCUUGAGCAAAAUAAAAAGCAGACCAAGAGUGAGGAAGCUAUCUCCAUGGGAAAGGCAACAAAAGGAGUCUUAUUUUGUUCAUCUGAAGUAUCAACUGAUAAUGUUCAAUGCUUUUUUCCUUCAUCCGUAAACCACUCAGGGUGCAGUAGUAACCCUUUUGAGUUUUGUGACUCAGUACCUAAAGAUGGAUUAUCUUGUAAUUCUUCAAAUAUCUUGAGUCACCGUUUACUACAUAAAAAAAAGAAACUUGACAGGCCUCACAGUGAUAAGAAACUAGAAUCAUGUAAGUCAUCAAAAGAGCUGUCAUUAGCUGACCUAAUUAAUGAUAUGCCACAUGAUUCAUUUUAUGAAUCUCUUAACAGUCAGCCAAAAGUUAAAUUUUCAUCUGGAAGUGACCUUGAAAGUAUGAUUUCAGAUAGUGUAGAUGGUAAAUUAUUGGGAGCUGAUUCAUCUGUGUCUCCCUCCUUGGAUAUUUCUGAGUAUAAGGGAGGACCAGAUUUGAAAGCAUUAAUGCAGACAAAAAGAUCGGAUAGUUCUUUGUCUAUUGAAAGUAAUUUACUACCCAUUGUUGAAAACAUUCCAGUACAGAACAACAUGGAAAGUAUUAGUUCUUUUUACUUAACUAACACAUUAGAAAACAUGACCCUUGAUAACAGUGUAAGUCACCUUCAGAAUAAAAAGGCAGAAUUAUCUGAAACUGUUCUUUCAGCUCAGCAGUGUUCCAAGAAACAUAAUUUAGAAAAGGACAGGGUACAGUUUUCCAAAUGUGAAAGUCCAUCUCUCACAGAACUAUUUCAAGAACACAAAGAAAAUAAUCCAAGUCAGUAUUUUUCUUUAUCUGAUCUUUGUAACCAGUCUUCUGCCAGUUUUACAGAUAAGAGUUUGGGAUCCACACCAUUGUCACAAAUAACUCAGUAUCAGUCUUCAACUGGAAUACCAGAAUUAACAGGAUCUCUGUCAUCUUUGGCAUUUUCUAAAGCUUCUCCUACUAGAGAUCUUGAAAAUUUGUCUCUUUCUGAUUUAAUUGCAGAAUCUAUUAAUGAAGUAGAUAAAUCUCAAAUUAAAAAAGAUCCUUCUAUGUUGGAUUUACCUGAAAUAAAGUCUUCUGCAGUAGAUUCAAAUAUUGAUCUAAGUGUCCUUAUAAAAACCCCAGAGAUCUUUCCAAAACCUAUAGAAAACCAAUCAAAUAUCUUAAUAUCAGGAGCUAAAGUUCCAAGUUCUAAGCUAGUGAAAAAUUCUAGUUUCUCCAAAGAGAAUAAGAAAAGCAAGAAAGGCUAUAUUACUAGAAAACCAGCUUUUUCUCUUUCUUGGACAAAGGCCCUUGCUGCUAGACCAUCAGCUUUUGCUUCAACACUGUGUCUUCGAUAUCCACCGAAAACCUGCAAGAGACACACCUUUGACCUCUAUAAGACUUUUCUUUACAGUAGACAAGUUCAAGAAGUAAAGGACAAAGAAAUAGGUCCUCUCAAAGUAAUAACACCAUUUGACUUCAAAUCCGCAUCCCCUGAUGAUAUUGUGAAGGCUAAUCAAAAGAAAGCUUUUACUAGAGAAUAGUGUAAAAGAGGAGAAUUCGACAACAGCCUUUUCUUUUAAACCAGUUUAAAAUCUCUACAGAAUAACUUUAUACUUUGGAAUUGUAAUUAAUUUUUAUUACAUAUUUUAAAAAAUGUAUCUGAAUUGAUAACUUUAAUUCAUUUGUAUUAUUGCACUGAAAUUAAUCAUUUGCUAUCCGUCCUCAGUAAUCAUUAAUGACAUGUACAAUUAACCAUCUGAGCCCAUAAUGUUUACAAAUUGUGUGUAUAGAGUUGUUAUUCAGACAUCAAACCUCAGACAAUUUUAUUUGAAACUUAAUUUAGCUAAAAUUUUUUUUCCAGAUUUGAGAAUGAAUAAUUGUAUUUUAUAAAGCUUAUUUUUGAAGUUGUAAAGAUUUUGCUUUUCUACUAAGAGUAUUCAAUACAUUUAGCAAUCAUUUUGGAUUACUAGUUUAGUGGAUUUUAAAAAUUAUAUGCAUAUGGCAUUGCAUGCCUAGAAAAUAGUUUUAAGAUUAUAGUUUUAAGAAUAUUAUUUGUGUCAUUUCAGAUUAUACUGUUUUUCUGGGUAUCAGUUUAAAUGUAUAGUUAAAACUGAAAUUCCAAAGCUUUAAGAAAGAUACUCUGGGGUUUAAAUAAAUCGUUUGCUGCUAAACAUCAAAUAGAAACCAGUUAGUGGGACCACUUUUAUAAUUUGAAAUGUAUAUUGUUAGUCAUACAGAUUGUUUACACAUUUGUUCUUACUGAAUGUUUUCAGACACAAAACAUGAUGCUUUUUUUUUUUUUUUUUUGGUGGGGGAGAAAUGGAUAGAGGUAUCUUUUUUAUUAGUUUUAUUUUUUACUUUAGAAAAGUGUUCAAAAUCAAGGCUUUUCUUUUCUCUAUUAAUAGAUAUUUGCCCAAUAAGAGCUGGUUUUGGGUACAAUCAGACUAAGUUAAAACUAUUUUAGUCAUUUUUCAUCUCUGAAAGAGAAAUUAGACCCUUUUGAACUUAAAAUUAUUUUUGCUUUUUAGUAAUUAGGAUUUAGUAAUACCACAGAAAAGUAGUGAUUCUGACUGGGUGUAUUCCAAUUCCUUAAAAUCUUCAAAAAGUUCUUCCUCCAGAACAUUUUUGUGAUGUGGACCCAUGAAUACUGUAUUUCUUAAAAACUGUAUUAGCAGAGUAUAAGCUCUGAGAGGCUCAAUUAAACUGGAAAGACUUCGAGUAGGAGAAUAAAGAUAGUAUGUUUUUCAUUUGAGGACAAGCUAAGCUAAGUUUGGAGAGGAUCACUAAUUUGACUUUAGGGUCAUGAAUAUCCAGUUAUAAAAGUUCUGAAAGAUUGUCUACUAAGUUGUGUAAGGGCUAUAGUCCUCCAUCAGUUAAAUCACAGAUCCAUGAAGAAUUAAAAUAUGUAUAUGCAUAGAGAACAUUUAAUAGGCAUUUUAAUCUGCUAGAAAGACUAAACAUGGUACACUAUCAGCAUUUGUAUUUGAGGUAUUUGAAUGUGUGUUUGUUUUGGCAUUGUAUAUUAUGUAAGUAUAUAGUUAGGUCAAUGUAUGAUGCUUAUCAUUUCUAGCAGAUAUAAAUGACUACAAAUUCUUUAUUUCCCAUAAAGCUUACUUUUUUAUUCAGGUAAAUAAGCAUUUUCUCCUGGCAGCUACCUGGAAACAAUAUGUUUAAAUAUCGAGAAGUUACCUCUUGGAAUAGGAAAACAAAUUGACUUUCCAUAUGAACCUUAGAAUUUUUAUAGGGAUAAAAUAGUUUUUUUCUAGCUAUCAUUUAAUUUAUUGCUCAGGAGUAUGUCUUAGUAUUUAUUGGUUGUAUGUAUAAUAAUGAUUUUGAAAGUAGCAUUUUUGGCUAAAAAAAACCAAAAAAAACUUGAAGUGAAUUUAUACUAAUUGUUCUUAAAAAUACAUAUUUGAUUUUCAUAGUUUGAAGACUAUGAUACAUAAUGAACAAUAUUCUUUGCAAGGCUAAUUAGGCAUUCAGGGUGAGGUUCUGUUUGGCAUUUUAGAAUUUCAUACUUCAUUACAUUAUAGAUAAUGCUGCUACUGACUUUAAAACUUUAAACUAUAUUUUGGCUUUUUGGGAGGUGUCAGUUUUGUAGUUCAAAAAUAAUUUUGUAUUUGGUCAACAGUUGUAAAAAAGUAGCAAACUACUUAAUAAUUUUGAAUUUUUAAGUCAAUAUUUUGAGUAAGGUUGGGAGGUAGGAAGGUGACAACUCAUUUUACAUGAAACCAUUUUCAAUUUUAAAAUUUUGUUAAGCCCAAAUACCAAUAUCAAUACAAAUAUAAUACCAAUAUAGAUCAGUUCGGAACUCUGGAUACAAUUUCCUAUCAAAACAAUGUUUGAAAUAACAGUUAGAUUGCUAGAGUAGUCAACAAAAUCAAUUUUACUUGUAAGGUAGGUAGGUUAGUUAACUCAGGAUAUGCGUUGCCAACAAUUGUGUUACAAUUCUAUUAGAUUUUUUUUUUUUUUUCAUCUACACAAUGCAAGGUUAAAUAGGUUAUUGUGAACUGAUCCCAAAACAUCUACUAUGUACAAUUUUAUUUCUUUGGGAAAAUGGAUUCUGUAGCAUGAGUUAAAAGCAGCAGUCUUCUUGUUGUUUUGGCUCCAAUAUCUCUUCCUGCCAGCAUACAUAGUCAGGCAUACAGAAAUACUAAAAUACACACAUAUUUGGCUCAGGGAAAACCUUUGUAUUCUCUGAACUCCCUAAAAAACAUCCAGGUUUGAACUAGUUAUACUUACCACUGUUUGUAUAUAGGGAUGUGCUUAUACUUUAAUAUUCAAGUAAUGACUGAAUAUUGACAGCACUAUGUAAAUGUUUUAAACUAUCUACCAUUUAUUCAGCAAUAAAUUGUAGUCUAGAUAUGUUAUGUAAUUUUACUUUCGUUCUUCCAGUUCAAACAUAAAUUGUGAGGUGUGUGUAAAGCAAUUGUUCUUUCUCUUGUAAUUUUAUAACAUCAAAAAAAUUUUUUAUAGUAGGAAGAUAUUUUUACUAAUUGUCUGACAUAAUUUCUUUUCAAAAGUAAACCAAUUAAAAAGCAAUUGUCAUGUUUACUUUUAUUUUCUUAAGAUUUUUAAUGUAGAAGUUUGAUUCUUCGGUAUCACUCAAGUAUAUAAUCAAAGCCUUUACUUGGCUGGGCUUUCUUUUUCUUUUUUGAGAUGAUGCUUCUUAAUAGUAAUUACAGAGAAUUAUAGGAUAUCUUUACUAUACAAGAUCUCUUCCCUGUAUCUUUAAAAAUACUGCUUUAUUCUAUUCCUAUUUUCUACUUAGAAAAAAAAUUGCUUACUGAACUAAUUUUUUUUGCCUGUCAGCUUUGUAUUCUUAUUUCUCAACUUUUUAAAGUACUGACUUAAGUCAGUACUUAACUGACUUUUCUGUUUUUGUCUGAUUUAAUUAGAUCAUUGGUUCUUGUAUUAAUUACAGACCACAGGCAAUUAAUGUGUAUUUUCAAACAGUGUCUUAAGCUGUUUCAAAGCACUGAAUGGUAAGUUAUAUAGCUUAUCAUACUGAGGGGAGCCCUCCUGAAAUAUUUUGUUUAGUAUUUGACAGUGGAGAAAUAUACAGUGCUCCUUUGGGGGGGAAAUCAUGAAUUUAGCGUUAUCCAACUUAUAUUGAACCAGAAUCAGUAUAAAAGAUAUUGUAAAUAUGAGAAACGGGUAUUUAAAAAACAAACAAACAAACAAACAAACAACUACAUAGAAUCAGAACUGUGAAAGUAGUAAUUUGUCCUAGCAAGUUAGUGUAGAAAGUUCCUAUUGGCUAAUUUGCUUUCUGGUAUUUUAUAUGUGUUGAAAUGUUUGUGAGGUCUUUUGAUAUAAAAUUCUUUUCUACUUUUCAGAUAACUUGUAAUUUUAAAAAUGUACAUAUAAUUAUGUAUGGGAAAGUUGAAUUCAUUGUAUAUUGGAAUUUAGAUUUUUAGUUUAUAAAGUAUUUGUUAUGUGUAUAAACUCAAAAUGUGGACAUUUUACAAAAAGUUAAUGUUGAAAAAUGUUAUGUUAAAGUUUUUUAUGUAAAGUGUAAAAAAAAAAUGCAUCACAGAUUUACAUGUUGAUUUUUAAAAAAUAUAAACCUGAAAAUUUCACAAUGGUGUUUGAAUAAUUUUUAUUAUAGGUAAUGUUUUAUUAUAGGUACUGUUUCUGUAAAUGAAUUAAAAAACAAGACAAACUG